UUUGGUUUACCUUUAUCUAUACCUUUAUCUACAUCGAAUUUCAAAAUAAAGACACACUUGUCACAGACCAGUAAACAUUUCAUUUUUCAGUAUCGAGUGUGUAUUGUUUAGUAAAUGGAAGAUAUGUCUAAGUGAAAUAUAAUAUAUAGUGUGACGGACGUGUGUAUAAUAUAUUAGAUUUAAUACACAACUUUGCAAAACGAUAUACUCGGACUAUUUACUGGCCGUUUGUAUUAUUGACAAUUCCAUACAGUUAAAAUGAAAUCAAUACCGAACAGCUAAUUAUAGUACACAUUUAUUUUACUGUGUGUAUGGUGAAUAAGACCCUGUUCACAUUAGUAUUUAUCCAGUUUAAACUGAUCUUAAUAUCCUAGUAUGACCGGGGACUAAGGACGUUUACCAGGACAAUCGAUAUGAAAGACUGGAAAAAAGACAUUCUGGAAGGCGUCGAAAGCGUAUCAUUCCCCGGAUGUGCCCCAGGAGUCAUUUUUGUUUACGGAGAAAAGACACAAGCAAUUCUUGCAAAUAAGAAAGGACAUGUUUUAUGUGCAGGAGCUGAACAUGGGAAAGGAAGAAUCAUUGUAUUUUCGCACGAUGCAUUAGUUAAUAGUUUUGGUGAAAAAGAUACAGAACGGCAAAAUAAUCGAUUCAACGAAAAUAUCAGAAAAUGGAUAACGAGAAACAAGUACAAGGGAAAUGAAAUAGCUUGUUUUUCUGAGUAUGUAAAUAACUUUGAUGAGCUACCGCCUGAAUGUAGGAUAUUAACAUGGGAUGGACUUCCGGUUCUGACAGAAGAUUAUAGUAUUUUGAAAUUACUUGAGUGGGUAGAGAGGGGAGGCGGAUUAAUAUGUGGAGUGUGCCCAUGGGGUUUCGCACAAGUUUAUGAAAUAGGCGUUGACAAUAUACCAUUUAAAAUCAUCUUCAGGGCAAUAGGUGUUUGUUACGCUGGGAAAUUGGUUUACGAGAAUGAUAACGAUUUAGACGAAAUUGUAAUAAAAGACAAUAUGGCUGACUAUGCUAAGCCGAAUGAUCUAGUUGCAGCGAUAAACAAACAUCCAGAAAAGAUAAAUAGGUUAGUUGGGAUGAUAUACAAUGUAUUUUAUUCACCAGAAGAACUGUAUAUCACUUACAAACCACAUGUUGUGGAUUUGAUUCAGAAAUUAUCACCAGGAAAUGACUAUAUUCCGACACGCAGUCAACCAGUUGAGGUAAAUGCCGCUAAAAGAGCUGCGAUGCUUAUGUGUUAUAUGAUGAUCAGAGAUGGUUUAGAUGGGAAUGAAGUGCUAGCACAGGGAAUUCAAGAAUUUCCAGGAACAUUUGAGAACACACCGGAAACUCAGUCUUUCACAUUAAACUUUUCCUCACAGACACAAAAAUUACAUUCAACUGGAUGUUACCUGCCUGCUGGUAUUGUCAUGGAAGUGUCGUGGAGUAAGUCCAAAAAUCCAUGGGAUAUUAUAAUUGGUAUCCAUGGUGACGAACUUCAUGAUACAAAUUCUGAAUUAAAACGCUGGCCUAAGAUUAGAAUUGAAAAAGAGCUUAAAUCAGACGAAUUUGGAACGCUUCCUUCAAUGCCGUUAAAAAUUUGCAGUCCAUUUGGAGGACUUGUUUAUGUACAGUCUCCAAACAGUACAAAGGAUAGAAUACAAUUGAAACUACACAAUGUCGUGUCUGCUCCCAUGUUUACUUAUAAAACAGCAAAGAACUGGGAAUCCGUCGAACGUAACAAACCAGGACUAUGGUGUGACAUUAUUGGAGACAAAAUCACUCUGAGCUUACCAUCCACAUCUGUAAGACAUCUCUCAGAUCCAACAAUGACGGUGAAAGUUUGGGAUUCCGUAGUAUCUGCCCACAUGGAUCUACUAGGGAAGGAUCCAUCCGAUGGUAGAGGAGAAUGGGUGGUUACAGAUGAACAACCAUCUGCUGGUUAUAUGCAUUCUGGUUAUCCAAUCGUCACCAAUCUUGAUGUGGCAGAUCCUAAUAAGAUCGAUGAUGACUGCUUCCUGUUAUCCAGAGAUCACAUUCUAAACGUACACAACGGGAAGGGAAGUUGGGGAAUGUUCCAUGAACUGGGACAUAAUUUCCAGGACUAUGCGUGGACCUGGGAUGGUACGAUAGAAGUUACUUGUAAUGUGUUUACAUUGCAUGCUAUGGAUGUUAUUUGCAAUAUAAGACCAUGGGAUCAUCUGUGGGUCCGAGAUCAGUUCGAGGAAGCCAGAACAUAUCUCCGGGAAGGGGCAACGUAUGACACAUGGUGUGACAGUCCUGGUAUAGCUUUGUUAGUAUAUGCACAAUUAGCGAGAGAUUUUGGCUGGACUGCUUACAAAUCUGUGUUCCGGACUUACAACAAACUUGCAGAAGACAACCGACCAUCAACACAGCAGGAAAAGGAGACAAUCUGGAUACAAACCUUUUCCAAUGUAGUAAAGAGAAAUCUUAGCCCCGUUUUCGAGUUUUGGGGAUGGCCAAUUCAGCAUUACGCUAUUGACGAGUUGAACAAAUUUUCACCUUAUCUUCCUGAUGAUAUUACAACAAGCGAAUUUGCAAAAGACAGAGCUACGAAAAUUCUUAAAAGGUACCAACUUGAAGAUAAUUCUUCUGGUGCACGUCCUACUCAGAAACCACCACGAAAGGAAUAUGCUUAUUGCUCAAGUACAGUACAAACUAAGGAGGACAAAACCAAGAAUGCAAGUUCGUGUUCUGCUUUAUAAGUAGAUUAAAUAAAAGAACUUACAUACUUAGUAUUUACCAUGUACUUUAAUUUGAUAUUGAAAUAAACUCAA